CACCAACUGAUAUUAGAGCUGCGUCGACAGUUGACAUCACUUGUGAUUCGUGGUUUGAUGGAGUAAAUAAUGUGGACAAGACGACUGACGUACAUCAGCGGAUCAGCCACUGCACAUGCCGCGCUCCACAGACCCUUGUGCUCCUUUUAUAUUCCAUAAUACUGCAUUCAGCAUUGACGUCCUUUAUCCUUAAGCAUACUUAAACCAUCCGUACAGCCUUGUACCAUAUUAAAGCGACUCUUUCUGUCUUCAAGCUACCUUGAUUUCUUUCCAACCAUCUCCACACACUUUCGCUUCAAGUCAUGCAACUUCCUGUUAGCUAGCAUGCCCGUUUGCCACCAUGCUAGACGAGAAUCUCCCCACAUUUUACCUGAAGCCCUCUCCCGAUGGUGUCCGACACCAUGAGGCCUACUAUCUCACAUAUCAUGGAUCCGAACCCGAAGCUACAUACACCUACAAGCACCUCGACCCAGCAUCCCCCACCUCGAAAGCCACCUACGCUUCCGCUCUCUUCGAUGCGUUCAACCCCUCCAUCCUCUACGGCGAAGUAAACGUCACCCCGGAAUGGCUCCAGCCGACGUUAUCCCAAGAUGAGAUACGCAAGAACGGUGGCCAGGUUCCCGCUCCCCAACCCAUUAUACCCCAGAGCUUUGCGAUCCAACUCUACGAUCCGGACCAGCAAGUCACCGUCACGCAAAAGCUGGCAUCAUGGGGCGGGAACCCCAGCUACACCUUCAGCAUGCCGAUACGGACGUUCCGACUGCCCACCAAAUCGUCCCUGGAUCGAGGCCUGGACGAUCCGGCCGCCGACGCGACCACCCCUCGGAUCAACUUCAUCUGGAAGCGAGAAGGAAAGCUGUCAAAAGAUUGGACGUGCUUCUUGACCGGCAAAUCCACAGAUCCGAAAAAGAAGAAGAGCAAGGAGCCUGACAUCGCCGUGGCGCUAUUCAGCCGCAUGCAGGAGGUCACGAUCUACCAAAGCAACUUCUCCCGCGUCGACAUGGAGGAUCCCAAAGGCCUCGAAAUCGUUCUACUCCUUAGCAUCGGCGUCAUUCGCGAUCUCUAUCUCGGAGGUCUGAAAGAUACAUUCAACAUCCACGGCGGAGGGGAAUCCCGCAAGAACAGCGGUGGUCUUCUGACCAUAGGGCGGGACCGCAAAUCGUCGUCUCCAGCUCAGCCAACUUUCGGUGCCGUCGCCUCCACAUCGAUCCCACCCACCUCUGCUCCUCCAGGGCAAUCCGCCGCGGUGGCUGGCCUCUACGCGCCCCCUCCCGCUCGCCCUGGGGCCUAUCAGUCAGGACCAACAACGAACCACCCUCCCCCACCUGGUACCCAAAGUUGGCAACCCCCUACCCAGCCCCAUUCCGCCCCCCAACCCGACGCAAGAAUGACGGCCGAGCGGCGAAAACGCGACGAAGCGGAAGCGAAACGCAUCCGCAAGAUGCUCGAAGUCGAAGAACGCGAAGCCGAGAAGGAGCGGAAGCGGCGGGAGAAGGCCAUCAAGGAGGAAACGGAGCGGUUGAAGAAGCAAUUCGGGGACCAGAGCUCGAUGCUCAGUCAGGCGGGCAAAGGGAGAGGCACGCAAUAUCACCGUCCACCGCCGAACAUCACAGUAGGUCCGAACGGGCUCCCCUACCGACCCGCGCAACCACAUCCGCAUACCGCCCCGCUACCCCUCCGACCCAAUCCAUCCUCACAACUCCGACCAUCACAACCACAUUAUCCCCCCCGACCAAACACCGGCUACCUCAACCCCGGGCCCCCCUCGCAUGUCCGCCCGCACAGCGCCAUGGGGCACAGUUCCUCGGGGCAGUUACGGCCCAGCCAGCCCGCGCCGCCGAAGAAGAAAAGUUUCUGGAAUCUGAGGGGAGAUGAUAGCGCGGCGAAGCUCAAUAAGAAGCGGAGUAGUAUCUUCUGAGGGAAUUGGGAGAUAUCAUUCCUCUGGACGCGUCCCCGGGACGGGUCACCAUACGUUUGUGUGGGAACAUGGAAUGUACGAGUUGCAUGGACGGCGUUAUAUUGUUAUGACCGGCGAAUGUGGUACCAUUGCCAUGAUGUAUUGUGAUCAUUGGAAACCGUGGAAACGGAACAUCUCGACGGCCGUAUAACACAUCGAUUCGGUCGUAUAUACCCUGAAAUGGUAAGGGGCUAGGUUAAACUUCUCGAAGGGAUAGCAUACAACACGAUAGAAUUGUGAAAACUGACAGAAAUCCCACAAUUUUUGAUCCCCAAGCCAAAUCCCCAAGCCAAAUCCCCAACCAAGCGCCAGGCCAUUGUCCAUGUCCCUUGCCCCUAA